AUGAGGAGCAGAAUGAGCUUGUUUGUCGCUGGCUUGGGUCGUUCAUCAAGUAAAACACGCAGGGCUACCAUGCCGACAGGUAAAAUGGACAUAUCGAGGUUGAUGGUCUAUGUGCAACAGGUUGAAGAGGACAAGUUGAGGCACAGAGAAGAGUAUAAAAACAAGAAAGCUAAGUCUGGAAUUGAGUCUGGACAACAGAAAGGUAGUAUGAACCGUCCAUUUUUUCAGAAACAAAAGGGUCAUGCACAAUUAUCUGCUAGUGAAUCUCCACCCAGAAACAGAGAGUGUCCUAAGAAUAAGCAGGGUGGUGGAAAUUUGGGUAAUGUACCCCAAUAUUCAUCGGCUGCUCCACCAGAAAGGGAUGUACCUAUAGGAACUACUUCCGGCAUUGACAGAGGAGCAAAUUACCUCUAUGAAAUAAUUAGCCGCCAAGAGCAAGAGAACUGUCUAGAUGUUUUCACUGGUAUGAUCAAAGUGUUUAGUUUUGAUGUUUAUGAUUUUCAAGACCGAAGAGCAAGUUUGUCUUUUGUAACUUCUUAUGUUGCAAUUAAGUUCGAAAUUCUUCUUGAGAAACUUUAUGAACUCUCAUGUGUUUCUACACUUGUUGGGGAGUCUAUUCUAGCGGAAAGAGUCUAUCGUGAUUAUCCUAUUUCAAUCAAUCACAAGAACCCAAUGGAUGACCUAGUGGAGUUAGACAUGGUAGAUUUUAAUUUCAUUCUAGUUAUGGACUGA